GCACGCAUGUGGUAAUGUUCGGUAUUUUCGUAACAAACGACUGCAAGACUCCGUAUCUUCUGCUGCAGCAACUGAAUUGCAGCAACUGAACGAGUACAAAUGCCAAGAGAUCACCAAUUGGGACCACUUCUUUUUCUGGUAACCAGAUGUGGCAGACUCUUCGCAACCAGAAGCAGGCAAGACUCUUUAACAAUACAAAUUUUUUUAAAAGUUCAAUGCUUGAGCAUUGUCUUGGAAACUUGGCAAAUAAGUAUCAGAUGUAUUCAGCUCGACAGGUUGGGAGGCAGAGGAGAUUGGACGCGCGUCAUACUUGUUAAUAAUAAAUCAUGUGAUAAAUGAUGAAUAUAAUUAUAAAGGGAUCCUAGCAGAUCCUUUUUUAGUCAUGUCAGCACUUUCUUUCUGCCAAGUCAGCAGUAAUUUUGUUUGCGUGUAGUGAAUAAUGAAUAUAGAUUGCGGGCGUGUGGGAAGAUGGAGGGCAAUGGAAAAAGACCAAGGCAUGUUUCCAGUCCUACUUUGCUAACACCUACAAGGCCUCAGAAGAAAAGAAUUCCUCUUCGAACAUUAGCCUCUCAGGCUCAGCAGUGUUCAGAGCAAAAGCUUGCUAUUGACCAAGGUGCAAAUCAACCAGCAGCUGUGGCCACAAGUGUUGACAAGGGGAAUCCAGAUAGCUGCAGCCAAAAAAUAAAAAACAAAGGUUCUUGUCGAGUAUAUUAUUUUGAGUGGAAAAUGUACAUGGCCUACUCAUAAGAUAGCUGAAUACUGGGAAACUGUGGCAGGGUACGUGAAAAACAAAUAAAGCACUACAUGGAUUCGCUCAGGCACGUCAUGCCGUUCCAAAGUUCUGAAGCUAAUUAAGAAGUUUCCACAACCGGCUGAUGCAGCUUUCUCAUUUGCAAAACCAAGCCGUGAUCAUGAACCAACAGUUGUCGUUACUAAAGAUGUUGGCAUUCAGUGUGACAUCAGACAGAAAGAUACUAUUUGUAUAGAGGUACAACAACCACUUCUUACGGCAGAGACUUGCCAAAUGCCGAUAAAGAGACGGAGACUGAUGACCAAACCAUUGAUAUGGAUUCGAUAUCUAAGUUAUUUUCAAAACAUUUGCAAAGAAAUAGGUUUGGAUGUACCAAAUAACUUUCUCAAACUCUCAGCUUCUGCCAUGAUCAAUCUACGCGAAAAUAAUCGCGAAAAUACUGUGUACAAUCUUGUCCUUGGCAUUGGAACAAUGAGAGAAGAUGGGAGUGACUCUUGCUUCCCUGUAAAGCGAAUGCCAAUGGGCUUAGUGGAGUAUGCAGUUAUAUCAUGUCCAGUCGACUAUAGGUCAUGACUUCAAACCAUGUAUAGCCAUUACGGUCAGCAAUGGGCUAAGUUGCACCAUGGCCCUUAUUGGAGCACAUCCAAUGUACACGACAAUAGUACUGGACGGCAACUAGUACUGGACGGCAACGAAUAAUCGAGCAGGCGCUGGUGAACAUCCCAGCAGUUUCUGAGCGAAGCUUGCGUAAAGAUAUUUCUGAAACCAAUAUAACUUUGGAUGCAUCAAUUCAGCAAUCAGUGCUUGAUCAAGCUGCAAGUGUGCAUCCGGACGCAUGGUGGUGGAUUAAAACUGACGGGGUUGAUAUAGUUUGUGGAUUAGGAGAAUCAAUGAGAGGUGAAUGGUCUGGGGGGGAUAUUGACUUGAAUGAUGGCAGUUUAAAGAUCAUGUAUGACGAACAUCAGAAGUUGCUAAAAUUUAUCGAUGACAUGGGAAUAGUUCAAAGUUGCUAUAUAACUGAACUGAAAGAAGUUGAUGAGCUCCUUCUCAAAGAUCUAAUUCACAUCACAAAAUGUCUUCAAAACGUGUCUAAGGAUUACUCAGAAAAGCAAGCUAAACAUCAUGUAGAAAACGAACUUAUGAAACUCGCUUGGGACACACAGGAACUUAGUUCUAUCAACUGGACGACAGUUGCGAGUAGAGAGUACAGUUUUGCAGGAAAAGCUACAAGAUAAUGAUUACGAUAUUGUCGUUGAUAAUUUUCCUAGACAGCUUGAAGAGUUCAAGAUGAAAUUAAAAGCUUUUUUCAGAAGAAGUAUUAAGUAUAGACGACAAGUUGCCACUCAUGCUCUGGUUGUAAUGAUUAGUCCUGAGCAGAGAGCUAAGAAGCCAUGUGCUUUACCUGUUCAAUGCUUAUCAUGUAACAUGCUAAAGGAUGAAAAAAUACGUUCAAUUAUUGAUGAUGUUAUAGAACAGAUGGCAAAGAAAGGCAUGAAAGUUGCUGGUGUUGUUACUGAUGGGGAGUGGAACACUUUGAGAUCCAAAGGUUGUACGAGGCCUCUAAGUAUUUUCGAAAUUCUAUCAGACGUGAGAAAUAAGUAUAGCAGGAAUAGCAUUGGAACUUUGACAAAUAUGUUGACUCCAAAAGUAUCCUCCAGUGGUGAAGUUACAGCAUUGCACAGAAAUUCUCCUGUCAGUGAGACCACAUUGAGAGAAAUUGCAGUAUGGAUGGAAGAAGGGUGUACAAUGAAAGAUGUGGUUGCACGCCUUCGACCAAAAUCUGUACCGCCGGGGUAUUCCACUACAGAGUGGAAAGAAGGCAAAGAGGAACUCCUAGACGAUAAAAUGCGAUCAAUUUUAGCCCAGUUUGAGUAUUCUAAACGAAUCAAAGAAUAUGUAGGACAAGGAAUCCCCUUCAAUUGUCAUUUGAUUGUUCUUGAGGUUCACAAGCACACAGGUCAUGUAAUUUGCCAUAGAGAAGAUGGAGCUCACCUACUAAAGAGGAUGGCGACAUGCUUACGGCAGGGUAAAGUAAAGGGAGUGAGAUUAGAACGGUUCUUAGAAGCUCUCUAUGACCCUAGUACAAGGCUAACAUAUCCGGCAAUUACAGGAGUUCGAAAGCAGUCUGUUAUCGAUGCAGAACGUUUAUUUGGUAAAGAUGUAUUGGAAUUCAUGGAGAGAAAAAAUUAUAAGGCAGAGGCAAAAUAUAUUCGGGUAAUUCGAAACUGGAGAAGAGCAAUAGAUGAAAGGGGUCUAACAGAGGAUUCUCGACAAACAUAUUUGCAAGAUGUCAAAGAUUUCAUCAACGAAGACCUAAUUCCUUGGUUCUCCGCAACAGAUCCCACUGCAGACUAUAGUACAAUUGAAAUUAAUAGACGAAUUGACCGAAUUAAAGGUUUCACUAGAGAAACAUUAAUUGGCCUGACAGCAAAUAUUGAGACCAGACAAUGGCGAUAUCUAUUCAAUCUGGCACAGAAGAUUGCCCCUGAGCACCCGCGCUCUUCGUCAUCUGAUGAUGUAGAGUGCUUUUUUAGUAUUCUCAGAAACUGUGUUGGAGAAAAUUUUACAAUGAAGCAGGUACACUAUGGAUGGAGGAAAGUUUGUAUAGAGUUUACAAAAAGAAUGGACCCUGACCUUCUCUUCUAUUAUUUUACAAGUAAUAGUCGAUAUUAUGAAGAAGAAUUGCCGAGCUUUAAUGCACUCAUCGUAAAAGCUAAGGAACCCCUCCGAGCUCCAAGACGGGAACAACUCGCACUAAGCAAUGGUUGUCGAAUAGCAACUCUUCCUGUUAGAAAUAGUCUAAGUGUUAGAGCCACCUUUCACAAUAUUGCCAUCAAUCUACCACCCUUACCUAAUCAAUGUACACCAUCUCAAAUAUCAAAUGAACAUUCAUAUGGACAGCAACAAUAAUAAAACACAAAACUAAACAUAAAAUUAAUAAUAUAGUGAUUAAUGUUUGCGUAUCAUGUUAUACUUUUACAUCUUUUUGCUCUGAAAUUUGUGUACAAUGUCACCCCAUCUUCCUCUUUUUAUAAUCUUUAUUCCACAAUACCAACCCGGAGAUCGCCAGUGCAAUAAAAAUUUUGUCCAAUCUAGUUUAACUGAAACAAUUUUGUCUUCGUGCAUCGCUCGGUGGAC